AUGCUUGCAACACAAUGCCGUGCGGGCAUUCACAACCUCCUCAAUCCGUCCAUGUCUCCUCCUCGCGGCCCCCCUCGCCUCGUCCCUCCAGCCAACUUCUUCCGCAUCAGGAGCGCACUGGCGUACGGCUCGCGCAAGCUGAACGCGGCGCUGAACGGCCCGGAGGAGCUGGUGGCUCUGGAGGUGGACCGGUUCUUCCGCAACACGUGGGUCCGCAACGCCUCUGGUUCCCGCCCAGACGGCUCCAACCACGAGUUCGUCCUCCAGCACAUGCCCCGCCGCUUGCCGCUCUUCGCCCAGCCCAUGCCGCCCCCGGUGCAACCCGGAGGCGUGGCACCCGCAGUUGCAAGCGCGGCAGCAGGUGCAGGAGUAGGGGCAGGAGCAGGAGCAGGGGCGGGGACUGGUGUUUAUGCUGUUAGGCCGGUCGUGGGUGUUGGUGGGGGGUACCGGGGGCAAGUGAACGCAGCAGCGGCUCAUGAGAACAAGCCUCCGGGGGAGGGGGAUGUUAUGCGGGCGCCGUACUCCCAUGGGGGGCAGCAUGGCGUGGUGAUGAACGGAAACAUUGCCGGGCAUGUUCCUGGGAACGUGGCUGGGAACAUGGGUGGGAACAUGGGGAGGCGGCAGCAGGUGCAGGCGUCGGAUGGGCCCCACCGGGUGCCAUAUGGGGGAGGUCAUACCUGGAUCCCUGCUCCUCUGUUCCCUGUGCCUGCUAAUGUGGCGCAUGUUCCCAGUGCAAGAGCUUCCCCUCCCAUGGCUGGUGGCCCGAGACACGUGCAGCUGGCUCAGCAGCAGCAACAGCAACACCAUCAGGCUCAGCAGCAGCAGCUGCAGCAGCAGCAGCAGCAACAGCACCACCACCAACAGUCGCAGCAGCAACAGCAGCAACGACAAUACCUACAGGCACACCAUCAGCAGCAACAGCAAUCGCAACAGCAGCAGCAGCAGCAGCAGCAGCAGCAGUUGCAGCAGCAGGCACAGCAGCAGGCGCAACAACAGCAGCCACAGGGACAUACAAAGAGAGCAGAAGCAGUCAACGGGGUAUAUCCUGUCCCACCAGUGCGGCCCACUCCGGACCUAGCAGCAACCCCUCACAGAACAGCACAGGCGGAUGAUCAUGCAGUGCAGGCAGGCACACACGAAGCCACAGUGGCUGUGAGGCCGACUGAGAAUAGUGUCCGUCCCUUGGAGCAGGCCGUUGGUGCUACUGGCAUUAGAGCUUCUGUGGCGCAAGACACGUUGGUGAGCGAGCUUGUGGAGAGGAAGAAGGCGGGAAGCGCAGUUGCACGUGUGAGGGAGGAGCAGCGAAGCGAGAGUGAACGGAGUGGAGGAAGUGAGGGGAACCAAGGGAGUGAAAGGAAUGAAAGAAAUGAAGGGAGUGAAAGCCAGGGCGCACAGCAGGGCGCACAGGGAGGGUUGGACGGAGGGAGUGCAGGACCUGCUGUCAGCUCAGGGAAAGGCGAGGGGAAGGCGGCAGCAAGGCAAUCAGACACAGCAUCACGAGGUGAACAAGAAGAAGCUGGUUCCGGUUCACGCGCUGCCAAGGGAGCAUCGAGAGCCUCCUCCUCCCCAGUCAUGUCCAGCACCAGUUCCCCCACGCCCGACACCAUUCUCACCACCCUAGACGCCCGUUCCCAACCCGUUCAACCCACUGCCGCCCCUGCUCCGCUCGGCCCUCCUCUAGGCCCUCCAGCUAACUCCUCCUCUGGCCCUUCACCUCUCCCGCAUGUCAGCCCGUUCCCCUUCCCCCCAGGGCUCCUCAUCAUGGCUUCUACCCCUAACGGCCCCUGCCUUGUUCCGCUCUCCGCCUUCCCAGGGGCGUUGCACCCGCGGCUGCUACAGAUGCCUGUGCAGCAGCUGCAGGCGUUUGGAUCUCAGCCGUCGGAUGAAAGCUUCUCCCAGCAGCUACAGCAGCAGCUGCAGCAGCAGAUGCAGAUGCAGCUGCAGAUACAGCAGCAGCUACAGCCGAGACGAGAUGGGGAGGCCAAGGCAUCUGGUCCAGGUUCAGGCAGCAACCUGCCACACAUCAUGCCAGGAUCCCAAACCAGGCUCCCUGUUUCAAACUCGGAAGGUUCCGCGGCUCUUCCUCCAGUCCCACAGCUCUUUCCAUACAUGGCGCUUCCCAUGCCCCUGCCGGCAGCAGCAGGCUUUUCGCAAGCGCCUGGGCUCGUGCCUGUGCGACCGGGAGGGGCCGAAGGGGAAGGGUCGUACAGGGGAGCAUUUGGUGUGGGUGACAGUGCUGCUAACGCGGAUGGCCUUGGGGUUUCAGACGCAGCAGCAGGUGCCCCCGCUGCUGCUGUUGCUGUUGGUAGCAGCGCUAGUGGUGGUGAUGGUGGUAGGGGAGACUCAGGUGCUGCGGUUGCUGCUGUGCCACCUCCUAUGUUGUGGCAAAGGAUGGACCAGCUGCAGCAGGCGCCAGGCUCGAAGCUGCAGGAGUCAAGGCAAGCGUUGGGAGAGCUGAUUGGAUCAGCAGCAGGAGCAGCAGAGGGAGUUCAGGUCCCCUUACCCGAGGGCGUCAAGUCAGUCACACCGCCUCCAGGACACGUCCCCUUCAUUCCCCUCAUCCGCCCUGCCUCUGGCGCCCCUCCCUUCGCCCAGAUUCCAGGCAUGGCGCCGGCGCUGGCGUGGCAGCAGGUGAUUGGUCGGAUGGACUGGCCAGGGCGGGUUCGCCUAUGGCUGGUAACGCUCUGGGUCUGUCUGGGUCUGCAGCGGUGGGGAAGAAUGCGGAAGGGGGAUGGGAGGGAGGAGGUGGAGAAAACAGGACCAGGGCUCGUGGCAGGACUGGGGGCAGGACUUGGGGCAGGUCCUGGGACAGGUCCUAGGGCAGCAGCAGGGGCGCCCGUGGUGUUUGUGGGAGAGGGGAAGGCAGGUGUUGGCACUAGCAGCAGCAGUGGUGGCGAUGCUAGUGGGUGGAGUGGUGGUGGGAUUGCCGGGCCACAGCUGACCCCGUUGACCCCGUUGACCCCGUUGACCUCCACUGGUUCGCCUUUGGUGGGUUCGUUAGCCAUGCCAUUGGGCAGGGAAUCUCCAGGGCAGUCACCUGCCCUGAAUAGACCCUCCCCAGGCGUACCUGCCCCAAGUAGACCCUCCCCAGGUGCACCCACCCCUCUGCUCCACCCGACGUCUGCCAUCCCGUCACCCACGUUUGGCCCAUCCAAACCAAGCACCGAUCCCACAAAGCAGCAGCCAUAUGUCCCAUCCACUUUCCCCACUGGGGUUCCAGGGUCCUCAGGGGUUCCAGGGGUUCAAGGGGGAGGUCCUGGUGCUAACCCAGGGGGCGUAUUCCCCCUCCACCCCUUCUCCCGCCCGUUAGGCCCCCAAGCUGUCCUGCUGUCUCAUCUAGGCGGUCCGCCUGGUGUCUUUCCCUCGUACGUCCUUGCUAAUACUCCCGUCACGCAAGCAGGUGCACCUGGCGCACAGGGCGUAGGUGUCCCUGGUGCAACCCCAAGCGUUCCAACCACAGCAAGUGGCGCUGCUGCUGCUCCUGCCACUGGGAUGCCUAGUGCUGCUGCGGCUGCUGCUGCUGCUCCUGCUGUCACUGCUCCCUCGCUCUCCGUGCUGGCUAAUCCUGUGCCAGGGCAGGCUGCAGGAGGCAGUGAGGGAAGCAAGGCGGUGCAGGUGCUGCCCAACCCGCAGCUGCUGCAGCCAAGCACGUUCCCUCCUGGUGUGAUACCAGGUGGAAUCUCAGGUGGGCUCUCAGGUGGGCCAUACUCCUUCAUGCUCAUGUAUGCCCCCCAAGCUGGCAUGCUCCCGGGCGGCAGUGUGCCAGGUGUAGGGGCGGCAGGGGCAGGCAGUGGAGGAGGAGGGUUGGGAGUAGCGGGGGUGGGAGGAGGGGCUGAAGGAGGAGAGGGAGGGACGGGAAGAGUAGCUGGUGGUGAGGGAGGAGGGCUAGGAGGGAAGGAGGAGGGGAUGCUGAGCACGGUGCGUGCACGGUCCAAUUCCGUGGCCACAAGAGACCCAUCGUCUUCCUCUGCCAGUGCUCCACGCGUGGUGCGAGGCAGGGGCGGCAGCGGCGGGGGGAGUGAGGGCGUGUUAGCAGAGCCUCGCAGGGGGGCCAGUGGAGUGGGGGGCGAAGGUGGGGUAGCAGAGCCACGGGCUGAUGCUGCUGGGGAGUCUGCGUCUUGGGGCAGUGGGGAAGGUUCUCAAUGGGGCCAUGGCACCACUGCCGGUGCAGUGAGAGGGGAGGCGCGGCAUUCAGGUGGAGGGAAGCAGCAGCGAGGGGGCACAAGAGGGGAGGAUGGCCGAGGUGAGGGGAGUGGAAGGGGAGAGGUCAGCGGAAGAGGGGAAGGGAGUGGGAGAGAAGGGGGUGGAAGGGAAGGCAGUGGAAGAGGAGGGGAGAGAGUCGGGCAUCGUAGGGGAGAGGCUCAGGAUAUGGGAGAACAGGCAGAACAGCCUUCCUCAAAACUCCAACAACAGCAGCAGCCAGCAGCACUCAAGGGAGCACUAGGGGUGCCCCAACAGCAGCAGGGUCAGCUCAGUGGUGAGUGCCAGGGAGAGAGGAGGGUUCAGCAGUACUGGGGGAAGGCGGAGAGCAGGAGCAGCGCUGGCAAGGGUGCUGCAGGCUCAGCUUUGUCGCCUGCAGCGUCGGCGGUGCCACCGUCUCUGCGGUCGAUGUCGCCUCGGGCGGGUGGGAAGGGGAGUGCGGGCGUAGGGGCGGGUCGGAGUGGGCAGAGUGGGAGCGGAAGUGGCUCCCCGGUGUUGAACUCUCCCAAAGCAGGGAAAAGAAUAAGGGACUUCGCGCUGGUGGAGCGCCAGGUGCUGCAUUUCUCGCCUGCUUUCAACGUCAUCACAGGCGACAGCGGGUCCGGCAAGUUCAAUCAUCGUGCAGGCAAUAGGGCAGCCCUCUCCUCCCCCCCUCAUCCUUUCCACUCAAACUUUCCCUUUCCAUUCUUUUCCCCUCUUUUCCUGCCCUCCUUUCUCAAAUCAAGGUAUUGGGAGCAGCAGCAUCUGAGGACUCUGCAGGAAGCCCUGGUGGACCUGAACGGGCAAACGCGCAGGUGGCUCUUAGAAGCGAAGGCGCCUCAGCUGAUGCUGCUGGAUAGAUUUGCAGCGCGGUGGGGGGGAUGGGGAAGGGAUGGAGAAGGGUGGAAGGGAAGGGUGUGGGGGAAGGAGAGAGAGGGGGAGGGAAGGACGAGGGAGGAGGAAGAGGAGGGGAGAAGGGAGGGAGAGGAGGAAGAGGAGGGAGAUGAGGAGGGUGAGGAGGAGAGGGUGGAGGUGGGAGUGUUGUUGGCGAGGGCGCAACAGGUGGACGAUGUGGAAAGGUUAGGCCUGAAAGAAGGCGAGGUGGAGGCGAUUAGGGAGGAGAUCAAGGAGCACGAGCGGGCAGGCAGGGCAGCUGAGAGCUGUAGUCGCGCCCUACGGGAUGCUGGAGGGGGACUGGGAGCGUUAGGGCGUGCUGCAUGGGUUGAGUAA